CUCUCUCUGCACUCGGGCGGAGCGCAUUGUGUUCAGCGCGCGCUCACACACACACACACACACAUACACACGAGCAACUCGUAGCCGUAGGUUUUGGAGUAACGGAGUGGCGCUGAUCUGAUCGUGAGCCCGGGUCUGAGCUCCGCCACACUGGAGCAGCGGCGGCUCUUUGCGCUCCUCACACCUCCUGGGUUGGAGAUUUGACCCAAACACACAGCAGGCUGAAGCUACAGGAUCUCCCACCUCCACCACACAUCCGAGCUCUGCUUACCAGCUGAGCAGGUGAAGAGGAGUAGAGAGGAUGACUGAGUAUAAGCUGGUGGUGGUGGGCGCUGGAGGCGUGGGCAAAAGCGCUCUCACCAUCCAACUCAUCCAGAACCACUUUGUGGACGAAUAUGACCCUACCAUAGAGGACUCGUACAGGAAGCAGGUGGUGAUUGACGGUGAGACAUGCCUGUUGGACAUCCUGGACACAGCAGGUCAAGAGGAGUACAGCGCCAUGAGGGACCAGUACAUGAGGACAGGAGAGGGCUUCCUCUGUGUCUUUGCUAUCAAUAACACCAAGUCGUUUGAGGACAUUCAUCAGUACAGGGAACAGAUCAAACGGGUAAAGGACUCGGAUGACGUGCCAAUGGUGCUCGUGGGUAAUAAAUGUGACCUCCCAGCUCGCACAGUGGACACACGGCAAGCGCAUGAACUCGCCCGCAGCUAUGGCAUCCCCUACAUUGAGACGUCAGCCAAGACUAGACAAGGAGUGGAGGAUGCCUUCUACACACUAGUACGGGAGAUCCGACAGCACAAGUUGAGGAAGCUCAAUCCUCCAGACGAAAGCGGACAGGACUGCUUGAGCUGUCGCUGCGUGGUGUCAUGAUUUAAGCUGACCUCUCCAAGGUAAUAUGUGGACCAAUGGCUCCAUGAGGCAGAGUGGACUACAGACUGUAAUUAUACCUGGAGAUCAAAAUAAUGCCAAGUAAAGCAAUGACUGCAAAAUGGACAUUUGAGGAAAGAAGUUGCCUUGCUGUGACUAUGGUGACCCCCCCUCUGGCUGUCUACAUCUGCCUAAAAACCCAACUAAUGACUUGUAUUGGUUUUCCUAUUCAUUAACUUCCAAGUGCUAAUACUGGGCAGCUCCUUGGAUUUCAUCUAAUUUAUUAUACUCAUAUAUGUCUCAACACUGGCUUUUACCUGGAAGUCAGGCCUCUCAUGACUUAAGCACGAAAAUAUGCUCUUCUCAUAUGGACUGGACACUAAUCACCUCAUCGCAGACAUCGUGUUCUCCUCCAUUGCUGUCCGAGGGAAGCAUGCAAGUCUGUAAAUGAGGAAUCUGCCAACUGCAGAGAGAACAAUCCAGCAUCCCAUACAGGAUUUACUCCUCUCUUGACAGUUUAGCUCUGCUUAACAUGCUGUUGUUUUAACAUGUAAUUGUUGUGAAAAAGGAUAUUUGUGACAAUAACCAUGGGGACUGUAGCACUAGAUACUGCUGCAGCACUAGAUACUGUAUGUGUGAUGGUUUUUGUGUAUGUGUUUUAAAAGAAAAACUGUUGAUGCAAAAACAAACUGAGCAGUUACUGGAUUCCAAUAAAAAAAAAUUCAAGGACCCACAUGCUUGGUUUAAGAUCUCACAGAUUCUUGGAGUGUGAUCCAUUAAGAAUAGUCACCUUUAACUGCCUGAGACUCCAAAGUCAUACCAUAUAUAAUGGCUGUAAAUUUUGAUAUGUGGCACAAGUGGCUUCAGGCACCAUAUACAAUACCAGUGUAUGAGGAAAAGGAAAGCUAUAGUGCACAGGAUUUUUUUAUUAAAAAGGAAAAAACAUGGUUAUUGAGUCCGUGGAGAAAAAAAAAGCAAUAUGAUAAUAAUAUGAUGUUCCUGAGCUGCUGUGACUUGGCCAGAAAUUUGUCAUACACAAGUUCAGAUAUGUCAAAUGACUUCACGCACCCAACUGUAGGCAUGAAAGAAGUCUGUGAAUAAUCUGAUGGCAUCCCAAACUGCAUACCACAGUACCAAAUAGUUGGUCUGCACACAAUUGGAAUCAUUACUAUUUAGGCAUAUUAUACUUAGUGCAUAUUAUGUAGUUUCAUAACACAGCCCAUGUUGUGCUAUACAAGCACUUUUUGUACCAGAGAGGGUGAACCUACGUAAUCUUACAUGCUCUAGCUUUAAUACUGCUCCCAUUUCUUGGUGUAUCAUCAGUAAGUAUUUUAUGAUAAAAUCUUAUUUAGCACAAUUUAACAAGACAGAAAUACUGUAAUGAAUCCGUAGUUGUCCUAAUAGGUGUAUAUGACAAAACGAACCAGUUUACUCUAAAUGCCAAGCUGUAGGAGUUUUACUGGUAUAUUAGAUUUGCAGCUCAGUCAACAAGUAAGAGAUCAUAAUUUGCCCCUGAAGAAAACGAUGCUUUGUUCUGGCUACUUGUUCUCCUUGACUUUAAAUUAAACAAUCACACUUUAUCAUUUAAAAUGAUCACUAGCUAUUUUUUAAUUCAUUUUCAGACAACUCACUGACAUAAGCUGGCUCAAUUAUAAUCAAACCUCUCAUGGCACAUGUAGAAAUAGGGAAAUAGGAACUUCUUACAGAAAAUGAGUAAUGUAACAAAUAAUACAGAAUGUUCUAGAGUUAAUUCUUUACUGCUUUUUGUAUGUUAACAAAAACUUUCCAGUGUGUCUUAUAGUAAACAUAUAGAUGGAAAAAGACAAAAAGCCUUGCAGGCCCAAUGUUUAUUACUGAAAAAAAUCUUCAUGUGCCAGUGUUUAUCUAUAGGAGGUAUUUUUUUGCCAAAAUUAAAAUUAAAACACGAAAAUUAAAAUCUUCAUUUGCAUUUUAAUGUCAUUUCUUUUCCCAUGUGUGUGCACAAAAAUGGUGCCAAAAUGAAAAUUAAAUGAAAUAAUGCCAUUUGCUUUUCAACUGUCCAUGUAAGCAUGCAACAAUAGUGUCAAAAAUAAAAAUAAAAUCAAAACGUCA